GGGUUGCAGUUGUAUGACGAUUGGGUAAAGAUUUGACUGAUUGCAAUCAAUCGUCAUCUUCGCAAACCGAGCCUGCUACGUACUUCCAAUCCAAUGGAACGUUCGGAUUUCGGGAAGAUGGGUUAUGGAUGCAAGCACUAUCGAAGAAGAUGUAUGAUUCGUGCUCCCUGUUGCAACGAGAUCUUUGGUUGUCGCCAUUGUCACAAUGAGGUUACGAACAUGUUGAACAGCCCAUCCGAUCGGCAUGAUCUUGUUCGAUGUGAUGUAAAGCAAGUUAUUUGUUCAGUUUGUGACACUGAGCAGCCGGUUGCUCGUGUCUGCACAAACUGUGGUGUCAACAUGGGAGACUAUUUUUGUGAAAUUUGUAAAUUCUAUGAUGAUGAUAGCGACAAGGGGCAGUUCCACUGCGAUGAAUGUGGUAUCUGCAGAGUUGGCGGUCGUGAGAAUUUUUUCCAUUGCAAGAAGUGCGGAUCUUGCUAUUCUCUAAGUUUACGUGACAAUCAUUCAUGUGUUGAAAAUUCUAUGCGGCAUCACUGUCCUAUAUGUUACGAGUACCUAUUCGACUCACUGAAAGACACUAAUGUCAUGAAAUGUGGGCAUACGAUGCACCGUGAAUGCUUUCAGGAGAUGGUUAAGCGUCAGAAAUUCUCCUGCCCUAUAUGCUCAAAGUCAGUAAUGGAUAUGUCCUGGAUUUGGAAGAGACUGGAUGAGGAGAUUGAAGCUACUGCCAUGCCUGAAGAUUACAGGCACAAGAAGGUUUGGAUCCUGUGUAACGACUGCAAUGACACUACCGAAGUUUUCUUCCAUAUAAUGGGGCAGAAAUGUUGCCACUGCAAUUCUUAUAACACCCGCACCAUCGCCCCUCCUGUUCUUCCUCAAGAAUGAGAGUCAACAAAUACGGGCUUGUUUCUUGCACUAUAUAUACAUUCGACAAACAGAUUCCGAAACUUAUAUAUUUUUGAUGUAAUUCUUUCUCCACUCGUGUGGAUUAAGUUAAACAGCCCCCAGUCAAAUGACUGGGAUUGCCUUCUUUUCAUAGGUAAUGCAUAUACUAGAACCCAAUGGGCAGGCCCUUGCAUAUCUUCUUAUGAAACAAGAGGGUUUGGAU